AUGACAGAGGUGCACUUGCGUGUUUGGAGGGUGACGCAGCUCCUUAUUGCGGAGCUGUAAGCUUUCACUUUCGAUUAUAAGGAAGUACCAGUGUUUAAGUAGCGAGGCAGAGGAAGAAGAUCAAAAUCGGAAACAUGGCUACUGGACAGUCCGUGGACACUGACGAGCCCAUGGACAUCGACAAACCUGACAUCGACAAACCUGACGACAUGAGCCAAGUGAAUAAUUCUGCUGUGAGUAAAAGCCAGCAACAUUCAACACCUAGCGAUCCAUCUACUGCAGCUGAAGAUGAAGCUCAAAUUGUUCUCUCACUGAAGUGGAUAAAGCCUGAUUAUGAACCACAAAAAGUGAAGAGACUAAAGACUAGUCUAGAGAAAAUGCUUCAGACUUGGUUCAGCAAAUGCAAACAUAAGGUGGACUGCUCAGUGAAAAGGACCUUAGGUGAUGGGCGUGUUGUGAUAAGCAUUAAACCAGCUGCAGCCCUGGCUGAGCUUCAGAAACUGAGUAAACAAACACUAACUGGGAAGGAUGGAAAUUCAGUCACCAUAACAUCCAUCAGUCUGACACUGCCAUCUCAAGAGCUCGAUACACAAGUACCAGAGGAUGCAUCCCUGCCAGAGUCACAAACUGACCAAGUUCAAGAGGGUAAAGCAUGUUCUACAGCUGAAGAUCAGAUGGGUGCGUCUUUCAUGCCAGAGCCACAACAUGAGCAAGUUCUGGUUUGGAAACAGAGUAGCACAGUUUCUGCAGAUGAAGAGAUGCACUCUUGUUCCAUCCCACUGGGUCAUUUCUGGUAUGUGAACCACAUGUAUGAAGAGGAAAUGAAACGUAUAGAGGAAAAGAAUGGAGUUAAAAUCAAGGCAGAAGUGAUGGUGAAAUUUAAAGUAGAUCAGAAAAAUGGGAGACCAGACAACGCUUUCAAUGCUUUCAAUGAAUUUGUAAGCCUUGUCCAGAAAGGCUUAGUUGAAUCCAGUAGCUCAGUUAUUCCUCUCAAGUUCAUUGAUCCGGAUCAGUGGAGCAGCACACUGAAAACCAUCCAAAGAAAGGAAAACAAGCUUUUGGUUACUCUGACCUCUGAAACAAUGACUGUACGCGGGCCAACACAUAGUCAAGAGGCCAUCAGUAAGUGCUUAAAUGCUGAUGCAAUGCAGAAAAGAAAGACAGAUACUUCUCGGGAAGAGUAUGAACAAGAGUUCCAAAACACAUCACUGAAGAUUGACAUGACCAUCAAAGACCAUCCCAUCCCUGCAGGAUUAAUCAUGGAGGAGAGUUUCUGGAAGACCAUGGCUAGGUCUUACAACAAGCAAGUAACAAGGAUCAAAGAUAAGUUUAAUGUGGAACUGAAAGAAUCAGACAUUGGUCAAGGCAAAGUCAAUGUCAAAGCUGUAUACAUGAAAGAUAAAGGAAAUGCCUCCAUGGAGAGCCACGCUGUCAGAGCACUUCUCUGUCUUUAUCAGAAAAUUGUUGCAUCCCCCAUGAGUUCAUCCCAGUUCUAUGGUGCCACUGAGUUCAAUGGCGCACCCAUUUCUCAAUCAGAGGGGGCCUCCAAUGAGCCAGUGUUGAAUGACCAAUCAGCAAACAGGAUGCACAACACUGACCCACCAACUGACAGUGGGACAUCAGCAGAUGACCCAAAAGAUGAUAAGUGUUCUAUAUGUUUGGAUACAUUCCAAAAUAAGAAACAACUCAAGUGUAAACAUGAAUUUUGUAAAGACUGCCUGAAACAAGCACAAAAGAUGAAUGGGCCCAUCUGUCCUAUAUGCAGAGACGUCUUUGGUAAGAUAAUGGGAGACCAACCAGAUGGAAGAAUAUCACACUAUACAUCACCCUCUUCCCUCCCUGGAUACUUAGACUGCAGCACUAUAGUUAUCAGCUAUGAUAUUCCAAGUGGAAUACAGACGGCAAAGCAUCCCAAUCCUGGACAGCCCUACCAUGGUAUUCAUAGAACAGCAUAUCUUCCGAACAACAAAGAGGGCAAUGAAGUGCUGCAACUGCUGAAAAAAGCGUUUGAUCAGAGGCUCAUUUUUACUGUUGGGACAUCCAGAACAACUGGACUGGACGGCCAGGUGACCUGGAAUGACAUUCACCACAAAACAUCCACGUCAGGAGGACCAAAUUGCUUUGGGUAUCCUGACCCUGAGUACCUGAGCAGAGUCAAAGAGGAGUUAAAGGCCAAAGGCAUUGAGUGAAGUCUUUGAUACAAAGUGCAGCUGGAUUAGAAAUCAAAGAGGUUAAAAACAAGAUGACUCUUUAAACAGACACUGAAAUUCAAAUACUGUUUUGCUCUUUUCUCUGUUAAUGUUUCAAAUGAUCAGUAAGGGUUAGAAUUGACUUCUUUCAUUAGCCACAUAUAUUAUCUUCACAUAUUAAGUGAUUUCUUUUUUGUUGUUGUUGAUUGUCAAAGUUUUCAUCAUGUAACAAUAUAAAAUGUAGAUUUGCAUAAACACAUUGGCUUAUAUGAUCUCAGGUCUACAGUGCUGAUGGUCUGACUUUCUGUCUGCCUAAUAAAUGAUUAAAUCCUC